AUGAAACUCGCAGUUGCUGUAUUGUCAUCGAUCUUGCUUGCCUGCUCAGUUACUACAGCCAAUCCAAUCGAUCCCAGUGCAACUACAGAUGUUGAAACUAGCACUUCAACAUUCAUUCCCAGUGCAACUACAAGUACUGAAGCUAGCACCUCGCCAACUCCUAAUCCAAACGGUAUAGGUUUAGGUGGUCUUGAUCAACUUCCAGAUAGCAUCAAGGAAUUGCUCGAAAAAUACGUAAGGCUAAGUCAUGAUCUUAAUCAGCAAGGAAAAAUAUGCGACCCGUUAAAACCUGAAUAUGACAGCCAGAUUAUGCUGGUAAUAGACUUGAAAACAAAGAUUGAAGUUUUGGAAGAAAAAUCUCAAACAAGCGGCGGCAGUCCAGAAUAUGAUGGUGAAAUUCAGAAGACUAAGCUUGAUCUCGAAGCCCAAAGAUCCAAACUUGAGGAUAUUGAAAAACGCUAUAAUGAGUGCCAGCUCAAGAAAAAUGGUCUUGAAUCUGAAAUAUAUUUGACCAAAAUGAGGCUCGUGUAUCUCGUUUUUGGAGAUUCUUCAAAUUUUAGAUUAUUUGAUCAGCAACUUUAUCUUAUCAACAAGCACCCUUCCGUUAAAGGUUACCUUGGCGAAUUAUCAUUAGAAUACAGUAAGACUCCUGGUCAAAGCUCUAGUGGUCAACAACAUCAAGAGUCGCAACCAUCAUCAAGUAGACCAUCUGGAUCUGGAUCCUCUAGACAGAAAGCUCCCUCCAAUAAACGGAAAAGGGUUUCCAAGCUUAUGAGUGAAUUAAAAUCACACUUUAAACGACCCGAAAGUGAAGAUCGCGAACCAUUGAUUUGAAUGUUAAUCUGGACUUGUUUCAACCGAUUCAAUUGUCAUUAUGGUUUAAUUUACAAUAAAUUUGGAUUUACAUGCAUUGUAUCUGAUCAUUGUACACCGACACUUGUAUGUUUCAAUACGAUACAGUUUACAUAUUGCAUAGUUGUACACAUUGAUGAUGCUGACAUGCAUGUGUGUAUUCAUGUAACCAGACAUAACAAGGACUGCUACCAUUCAAGAUGACACGUUGGUUUAUUAUAGACAACUACGUUGAUGAGUUGAAUGAUGACUCAAUCAAGAUCACCAAGCGCACAGUACAACUGUCGAGCAGCUUUAAAGUAAGCGAGUGAAUCGAGUGUACAGCCAAUACGAUCAACGUGGUUGAAAAAUACUGGUUCUGAACGGUAAUUGAAAACGUAUCAAUAGACGAGUGACUAUAAUAGUAGGCAAAUCAUGUCAGACUGAUAAAUGUCCACAAGUCAAAAAUAGCCAAAUUGAGUUUAAGAUGGAGUGGAUCUACUUGAGCAAGAUUGAUUCAAUUGAUUUGAUGACUGGUUUCGUUCCAGGUGAGUUUUUGGUUGGGACGGUUUGCUUUCUUGUAUUUAGCAUUGUCAUUGUUAGGAUUGGUUUGAUGGAUGCAAGUUGGAUGGUUAUUCAUUGAGUGCUGAUGGUCUGAUUGUACAGUCUAGUUUCAAAAUGACUGGUUAGCCAAAAUCACUCGUGUUUUAUUUUAUGCCAGGAGUACGCAUUUUAUGUUAUAUUGUGU